ACCCCACAACGAAAUAAUUAAUAUCUGCAGAUUCAAAGAUUCAAAGAAAAAGAAAAAGAAAAGAGAGAAACAAGAAACAAGACGAACAAGAGAAAAAAAGUAAAAAAUCCCCCAAGAACUAUCUUUAUUGUCUAUCUAUCACAAUGGGUAAAACUGCGCCUCUGAAGAAUAAGGCUUCGACCUCAGUACGUUCUCGCGCAGCAAAACGUGCAUCAUCUCCAAGUAUCGACACCGAUAAGUCUCUCAAAAAUGUCAAGGCUCCAGCAGAAACAGUGUACAACCCACAAAUUCUCUCUCCACAUCAAGGUGCCGGUGUGUCGAAGAAGAAGGGCGGAAGACAGUUGAGCUCAAAGGCAAAGAAACGGCAAAACAAGGGAAUGGAUCGCGCAGAAGCUGUAAUGGAUAGAACCUCCACGAAAGUCGAGAAGAGCAAAUACCGAGGAAGAAAUGUGCAAGAAAGAGCAAAGACGUGGGAAGCUUUAAACAAGAAGGCACAGGAAGCUGUUCAAGCAGCAAUGGACAAGGAGAACGAGGUUUCUGAGGAGGAGGAGGAUGUCGACGUCGAGGAUGAUCAAUCGCAAGGAGAAAUUGAGAUGGAUGAUACUUCAGCUGCGCCUGCUGCGCUCCAAUCAGCUCCAUUACCUACACCAGUGGAGGAUGAGGAAGAGAUUCUAUGAAUCUAAGAGGGAAAUCUUAUAUUUGCACGGCGAACUGGCGUACCAAAGGAAGGGCAAAGGAUUUUUCACGUUCAAUAUUAUGACUUUGAUACCAAUAAAUCAUGAAGAGCUGAUUUGAUAGGAAUGUGGGACAAUCAGACUCCAAUCAAGUACUGAGAGUAGAAAUUGUGUCGGGUGGUAGCAUGAUGUAGCUGCAGAGCUCUGAAUGGUGCAAAGGAAGCAAUUCAGACAUGUCAUUUUGCGGUUUGUGGACGUCUACAGUAUGAGCACACAAUCUAUCUAGGUAUGCACUUAGGCUUUGACUACUGCAAUGUCAAAUGUAAGACGCAGGUUUCCUCA